GAGACUACUACUAUAAAAGGGGGAAGCGAGGGGCUUUCUCUUCUCCUCAUCCCCUUGGUCACUUAUUUUAUUUUUAUUCAUUCGUUCACCAGCACCCGCCGCUGUUGCUGAGUAGGAUGGCAGAGAGCGGAGGAGAUUUCAGCUUCACGAAGCGUGAGAACGGACCAGGAGCAGGAGCGGCAGGGAUGAGCGGUAGUAGCGCUCAGAACGCGACGGUGGUGUCGCGAAGUGGGCUGCCUCGGAUCCAGACCCACGCCAAGAACGGGAUAUGCCACGACGACAGCGCGGCCCCGGUGAAGGCCCAGACCAUCGAUGAGCUCCACUCCCUUCAGAAGAAGAAAUCAGCGCCCACCACUCCCAUUAACAACAACAACAAAGACAACCCUUCCUCCUCCUCCUUACCCUCCUCUCCCUUCUCUGCCCUCUCCGAAGAGGAACGCCAAAAGCUCCAGCUCCAGUCCAUCAGCGCGUCGUUGGCAUCACUGACGAGGGAGACAGGGCCCAAGUUGGUGAAGGGGGACCCAGCCAAGAAAUCGGAAACACCCAAGGUUGCCCACCAUCACCAUGACCAUUUCGCCCCCGCCUUCGGUGUCAGCGACAGCGCCUUGAAGUUCACCCAUGUCCUCUACAACCUUUCCCCUUCCGAGCUGUAUGAACAAGCCAUAAAGUAUGAGCAUGGAUCAUUUGUAACAUCAAGCGGCGCCCUGGCCACCCUGUCGGGUGCUAAGACCGGCCGAUCUCCGAGGGACAAACGUGUAGUCAAGGACGAGACUACCACUGAUGAGCUCUGGUGGGGAAAGGGCUCGCCUAACAUUGAGAUGGAUGAACACACUUUCCUGGUGAACAGGGAGAGGGCUGUUGACUAUUUGAACUCCUUGGACAAGGUUUUUGUGAAUGAUCAGUUCCUAAAUUGGGAUCCUGAGAACAAGAUCAAAGUCCGAAUCGUCUCAGCAAGAGCGUACCAUUCUCUCUUCAUGAAUAAUAUGUGUAUCCGGCCCACGCCUGAAGAACUGGAGGAAUUCGGUACUCCUGACUUCACAAUUUACAACGCGGGGCAGUUCCCAUGUAACCGAUACACACACUAUAUGACAUCAUCGACCAGCAUAGACCUUAACCUCUCGAGGAGGGAAAUGGUCAUCCUUGGCACCCAAUAUGCUGGUGAGAUGAAGAAAGGUCUCUUCAGCGUCAUGCAUUAUCUCAUGCCGAAGAGACAAAUCUUAUCCUUGCACUCUGGCUGCAAUAUGGGCAAAGACGGCGAUGUUGCCCUAUUCUUUGGUCUUUCAGGUACUGGUAAGACAACUUUGUCCACCGAUCACAAUAGACUGCUGAUUGGCGAUGAUGAGCACUGUUGGAGUGAUAAUGGUGUCUCAAAUAUUGAGGGUGGUUGUUAUGCAAAAUGCAUUGAUUUGUCCAGAGAGAAGGAACCUGAUAUCUGGAAUGCCAUAAAAUUUGGAACUGUACUUGAGAAUGUGGUAUUUGAGGAGCACACACGGGAAGUUGAUUAUACUGAUAAAUCCGUCACAGAGAACACUCGAGCAUCCUACCCGAUUGAGUACAUACCGAAUGCAAAGAUACCCUGCGUCGGCCCACACCCUAAAAAUGUGAUCCUUUUGGCGUGCGAUGCAUUUGGAGUACUGCCACCAGUGAGCAAGCUAAACCUCGCCCAGACCAUGUACCAUUUCAUCAGCGGUUACACUGCUCUUGUGGCUGGUACCGAGGACGGUAUCAAAGAGCCUCAGGCCACUUUCUCUGCUUGUUUUGGUGCUGCUUUCAUUAUGCUUCAUCCCACCAAGUAUGCUGCAAUGCUCGCUGAGAAGAUGCAGAAGUAUGGUGCCACCGGUUGGCUCGUCAACACUGGUUGGUCUGGUGGAAGGUAUGGCGUUGGCAAUCGCAUCAAGCUGCCGUACACCCGCAAGAUCAUCGAUGCCAUUCACUCAGGGAGCCUUUUGAAUGUUAAUUACAAAAAGACGGAGGUGUUUGGACUCGAGAUACCAACUGAAAUUGAAGGAGUUCCAUCUGAGAUCCUGGAUCCAGUCAACACCUGGAAGGACAAGGACGCAUACAAGGAGACCCUGCUGAAGCUUGGCGGUUUAUUCAAGAAGAAUUUUGAGGUGUUUGCCAGCUACACGAUAGGCAAGGAUGGCAAGCUGACGGAGGAGAUCCUUGCUGCUGGCCCCAACUUUUGAAAGAAUUCCAUUUAACCCAAGAAGAAAAAAACGCUCUUAAGAUGUAUUAUGUAAAGAGUUGGAGAGGAGGAAGAAGAAAAGAUGAACUGAAAAAUAAAUAGAGAAUGUUGUUGAGGAUUUGGUGGGUGGGUGAGGAAGAGGGCAUACAAGGUUCAGCAAUUGCAAUGGUUGCAUCACCAAGUAUCUAUUAUAUAAACUUUUUACAUCGUUAUGUAAAAACACUAUAUCGGACAAGUUUCCUAUGCCUAUUAGCUGAAUGAGCCCGCGUGUUCCC